AUGCCUCCAAAACCAGUCAUUCCCCCAAAGCCGAACCCCAACACACCACCUCAGAACCCAGACCCUGGUAGGGCUGGAGUACCCCAGGAGCCAGGUGGUGGCAGGACUGGACAAGCGGGUAGAGUCAGACAGAUAGCUGACACUAUCAACAGGACUAUCGGAAGGACCGUGGACACCACUACCAAAGACUCUAGGCGAAAUGGAGGACCACCUCUGACUCACCACACCAGAGUCAAACUCUCACCACCAUCCAAUAGGGGAAACUGUCCCCAGUCUGCAUUAUCAUCAUCAUCAUCAUCAUCAUCAUCAUCAUCCCCAUCCCCAUCCUCAUCAUUCACACCAUCCAAUCAGGAGAGGGAGAGAAUGAUGAAAACAGGAGUGGGAGUACACAGACCAGAGCAGUUUAACCCCUCACAUCUGUCUGAGGAAAGGAAUCGAUCAGAACCUGACGGCAGUGAGGAAGAUGUGUACGAGAGAUUGACAGAUGAACAGUGCUCAGCAGCGCCCCCUGCCGAGGAGGAGAAACACUGCCACUGUGUGUGUCACCUCCAGAUACCUGGUAUGAAGCUCGUGUGGGUCCCCACAUCAGAGGAGGAGAUACCAAACCCAGCCUACACCCCCCCAGAGAGGAGAAAACUGCCUCCGCUACCCGUCCAGACCGAACGCAAACGGACCACGCAGCCUGCUUUGGCCUACAUGUUGUCCCCACGAGGGGGCAGACCUCCACGCAGCACACAGUCAAGCCACACCAGCACAGUCAAACACUCCCACCUGCCCUCAACCAACUCAGAGCCUGUGUACGAGGCCUACCGAGAGGACGUGACGAAAGAAACCCCGGCGAAGAAAGGCGGCAGUCUGAGAAGCUGCAGAGCGAGUGUUAGGAGUGAUCUGGGGCUAAAGGCCCCAGGAGGGGUCAAAGGUCACUGGGGACUAGCAGGGGCCCGGUCAUGGAGAGGGAGAGGCCCCCAACAAGCAGUGCUCUGGCAGGAUCGGGACGAUGUGAGAAAAAGUGGAAUUCUACAGAAACUGAGCCACACAGAGAUCCAGAGACAAGAGACUAUGUUUGAGGUGUUCACAUCUGAGGAGUCAUACUUAAGCUCUCUGUGUGUGCUGAAGGAUCACUUCCUGGGGUCACGGGAACUCAUCGACACUCUGGUCAUCCAUGAGAGGAAGUCCCUCUUCUCCAACAUCCUACAGGUCUAUGAAGUCAGCGAGAGAUUCAUGGCAGACCUGCAUGAGAGAGUGUAUGAGAAUGCUGUGAUACCAGAUGUCUGUGACAUCAUACAUCACCACGCCCAAAACAAUUUCUCUGCCUAUACUGACUACGUCCGCAACCAACUUUACCAGGAGAAGACCUACACUACACUUAUGCAGACUAACAGGCCAUUUGCGGUGGUGAUGAAAAGGCUGGAGGAAUCUCCCCUCUGUCAACGCCUGCCCUUCAAUUCUUUUCUCCUUCUGCCCUUCCAACGGAUCACCCGCAUCAAAAUACUCAUCCAGAGUAUUCUGAAAAGGACUGCCGAGAACUCCAAAGAAGAGGUGACGGCUUCCAAAGCCCUGGCCUGUGUGUCUGAGAUCAUUAAAGAGGCAAACUCACAGGUGGGGCAGAUGAGACAGAUGGAGGAACUCAUUCAGAUCGCCAACAUGCUGGAGUUUGACAGACUCAAGGCCGUGCCCAUUGUGUCUAAGACGCGUCACCUAGAGAAACAGGGGGAGCUGCAGCUGAUGUACAAAGGGAGCUCUCUUUUCAACAUCGGCCUCAAGUUUACACCCGUUUACCUCUUCCUCUUCAACAACCUCCUCAUCCUCACCAACAAGAAAGGUCCAGAUCGGUUUGUGGUUAUGGAUCAUGCUCACCGCUCCCUGGUCCAGGUGCAGACGUUUGGGGCGACUGACUCAAAUGAGCGUGCCUUCUGUCUGACUCUCCUGGAGAACCACCUGGGACACACCUGUGAAUAUAUAUUCAAGACUGAAACAGAGUCAGACAUGCACAGGUGGGUCGCUGCAUUUCCCUCUGUCUCGAAUCUCUGUGAGGAAGAAGAAGAGGACACAGUGUAUGAGGACUGGGACUGUCCACAGUUUCAGUGUGAGACUGAGUACACAGCUCAGCAGGCGGAUGAGCUCAGCUUAGAACCUGGUGACAUCAUCAAUGUUCUACGCAAGACGAAUGAGGGAUGGUUUGAGGGUGUGCGUCUGUGUGACCGUCAGAGAGGCUGGUUUCCUCAGGAAUACGUCUCAGAAAUCACCAAUGAACACCAGCGACGUAGAAACCUGCGGGAGCAGUACAGGAUCGCACGUGCCGCCUCAAUUGUUGCUAUGACCAGAAAAAUGACAAACUGGUCAUACAGUGAGUGUGGCCAGACGGACUGCCAUGGUCCAGUCACCCUGACUGGACCUGAAUGGACCCAGGGACUGGGCCACGCUUGA